AUGGCGUGGAUUUCAACAUUUAACGUUACUCGCAAACAAAGGAGGAGGGGUGUGUCUGGUCCGGGGCGAGGGGGACACGAUCACGGCGUCGGCGCGUGGCGCUUGGCCUCGUUGCGCGACUGGCGCCGCGAGAGCCGGCGCUUCUCGGCGGCCCGCUUCUCGGCCGAACUCAUGGCGCGAGGCCGGGCGUUGCACUCCGCCAAAGCUUCUUCGGCGAGCCGAACCUCCUCGAGCUGCAUCAUAACCUCCCGGAGCCGCGUCGAGCAACGCCGCGCGGCGACGACGUCCGAGUUAUUGUCGUCGAGGGACGCCUCCAACAAAAGCUUUUCUACUUCGAGCGCGCCUCUCUUGGACGCCAUCGUCUCGUCAUCGGCCUCGGAGACCGUGAGGCUCAGCGAGCGGUAUACGUUACUCGCGAGGUCCGCGUCGGAGUUGCUGCCGCUGCUCGACAGGCGCGACGGCGUGCUGUCAGAGCUGAACUGGCGCGACGCCGUCUUGCUCGCGACCGGUCGCGGCUUCGCUGCGUCGCCCGUGGCGUCCUUGGUAAACGCUCCGGCAAAGGAGACCCGCAUGCGGUCGAGUACUGCGAGCGGUGUUGCUGUACAGGUAGCCGUGAUGCGUGCGCCGCAAGCCGUGGAGGCUCGCAGCGAUAGAAAUGUCAGCGAGACGUGCAGCGAGCUGCACUUAUAGGGCGCGAGGAAGCGAGUUCGCGGCGGCCAAAAGCUUAAAGCCGGAGAGCUUGCUCGAGUCGUUCUCCUGUUCGGGUUGCGCAACAGACGUCUCGCGCGGCCAAGACGACCAGUCGCAGCCUCGACGG